AAAUAAUAUUUGCUUUCAAAUGCUAUUGCUUUCAAUUUAAAUUAUGUUCAGUGGUGUCAGAUAAACUUCCCAGUAAUCGCCGAGUAGACUGCCAACACUGAACGUAUACUUUUUCUUGAUAAAACACUAUAACCAACCCGCAUAAAAUCAUUUAGCUUGAAUCUAAUGCUCACAUUCUCCACCACCCCCAACGAAUUGCAGGAAGUCGGCGAAGAUUCCAAGCUGGCUCGAAGUUUCGAGCGGAUACGAUCGAUCGUACGGAAGAAACGAAACGCCAGCAAGGAGAAGAACGAGAACGACACCAACACCCGGCUGGAGAAGCUGGUGAAUGAGAUCGUGAUCAAGCAGCGGGAAGAGAAGAAGAAGUACACGGCUGCGCUGGUGGCCUCCAAGGAUCAAACCAUUGUCUGCCGCCGACGGAAUUCCGACCAUUCAGGGUGGGCCGAUUUACAGCCCAAGUUAUCAGGUGGGUUGAGCUGCUUUAUGAGUUAG